AUGUUGCGGGGUUUGUCAUCCAAGUCCCUUGAAAACCCUGUGACCUCCGACCCUUCCCCCCCAUGCCACGACAUGGUGACAACACGCUCAACAUCUGCCCAAGGGGCUGGUUCGGGCUCAAUCAAGCGUACCCGUAAACAGAACGGCAAGUCACGGCAGGGCUGUUCACAAUGCAAGACCAGACGAAUCAAAUGCGAUGAGAAUCAACCAGCAUGUACGAAUUGCGUGAAAAUUGGGGUUCAGUGUCCCGGAUUUGAGCAGCAGCUGCGCUGGUCGAACAAGCACGAACAACUCUCCACGGUAUCCUUCGUCGAGGCACGUCGAGAUCGACCAGGCCAUUGCAACGCUCCCCCCACGGAAGCUCGGAUGACUGAACCUGAGCACAUCAGCCCAACGGAUCAAGAGACGAAUGACCCAAGUUCCCUCGAUACUGCUUUAUCUAGUGUACUCGAAUCCGGCCUCUUAUCUCUUGACGCUAGGCCGGACAUCUCACUCUUGGUUCCCACAAUCCGACUACCAACAGCCCACGACAAUGCGGUAGCUAUUUGA